CGCGAUCGGUCAGUCGCAGGCCAUAGCCCGGCCACAGCCCAGGCACAAGGCAGGCGGCACACAGUCGCCAUAGCGCCUUGGGCGGGCAACAACAGCCUGUCGUCCCUCCCCAGCAGUAGUGGGUGGGCACCUGAUAUCCCCCCCCCCCACCAGCCCCCAUCAUUGGGUACUGACAAACUUCGAACUACGAAAGAGGCCAAUAUAAUAUCAACACCACCCGCCAUUCACCGAUUCUCUUUUCCUCCGCUUCUUCUGCCCGACGUCUUGCUCUAGCCAUACUCUUGCAUAUUACUCAUUUCGAAACCUUUAUAAAAAGCUUCCAGCAAAACAACCGCCAAAAUGUCUCUCGACUUCACCGCUAUCGCCACGCAAUUCGUUGCCCACUACUACUCUACCUUCGAUUCCGAUCGCAAGAACCUCGCUGGUCUCUACCGCGACAACUCUAUGCUCACCUUCGAGGGUGCCCAGUCUCUCGGUGCCCAGGGUAUUACUGAGAAGCUUACUUCUCUCCCAUUCCAGAAGGUCAAGCACGAGUACGGCCCACCCGAUGCCCAGCCCACCGCCACCGGUGGUAUCAUCAUUCUUGUUACCGGCCAGCUUAUUGUCGAUGACGAGCAGCGCCCUCUUGGCUACUCGCAGGCUUUCCAGCUCUCCCAGGACGCCUCUGGCCAGUGGUUCGUCUUCAACGACAUUUUCAAGCUUGUCCUUCUCUAGGAGGGAGAUGAUGUAUGGAAAGAGGUGUCUUGAUUAUCUGAAGAGGUGGAAGAAUACCAACGAAAUCAAAGAAAUGUCCAAAAGACGGGACUGUUGCGUUUGCGUGCAUGAGUGAACGAGGAUAUCUUUUCUGCGCGCCUGUCUUUCUGGUGUAUGUGUUGCUGCUUGCUUCGUGUGUAACGAAGGGAAGAAGAUGGAGGAAGCCGAGUCUGGCUUUCGACUGUUGAUGCUGAGGGGUAAAACUUUCUCGAUACAUUGUGUAUGGAAACAGAGGAAUAGGGGUUCGCGAUGAUAAACGAAGUUUACCGUCAUCAGGUCGUCCCAUGCUUGGCAUUGAGAUGUUCAGUUGGCGAUCUCGGAAGUAGGCUUGGCUUAGAGGCCCAAGCCUUUGGCUUGUGGCAUGUCACUCGCUGGAACAUUCCAUGACGAUGACCGCUCACUUACUACCGAGAGGCUAGCGAGAGAGGCUAGCGAGAGAGGCAUCAUCUAUUAUAUGAGCCGCGUAACGUUGUCGUCAGCGGACGAGGCUUCCAACAAAGACCACAAGGUGCUGCCUGGCAACUUGACGAUGUUGAUGGAUGAUGAGAGCAACAUCAUAUGAGUGAUAAGCAGUCAUGUCAUAGCGGGGGCUACGACAGGGGAAACAAAUACAUGAAGAAGUCCCCUGACUCUGAAACUGUUUAAAUACGCUCAAAAUCGUUA